AUGCCUUCUCAAGGCUCUCAACCGCUUUCCCAGUCGUCUCCUUUGUGUCUUCCGUUGCUCAAGUUUUCCUAUGCUACUGUUUCCAAUGACAAUAUUGUUCCCAUACCAUGGAUCCAUCUGUCCAGCAAGAAUGCUCUUUUUGCCAUCUUCGAAACCAGCCCCGUUCAGCUCGAGGAUGGCCGCACAGAGGACAGACAGAAAUUCAAGGUCUUGAAGGAUCCAGAGGUCAUGGAAGAACUCGAUCUCAACGCUCUUUCCGUCGAAGCUAACCGUGUUCUGGCUCAAGCACCGGCUGUCUCAUCUGCUAAUAUUCCCAUUGUCGCUGUUAUUGUCAAAGUCCCGAUGAUUGCUAUCAAAUAUCCGCUGGACAAUGGACAGAUCCGCCGUUUCCAGAUCCGCUUUAGCAAGAACGAAGACUAUUACGACGCCAUGAAAAUGCUGGCCCGCGCUAAUGUACCCACCGUUGAAGCCGGCACCUUUCCCAGCGUCAAACCUCAGCCAGCUCCGAAGGCGCCUUCGGUCAGUCUCGUCGCACCUGAUGAAUCGGCUUCUCAGGUCGAUGGGGACACUGGUGGUCCCAGAACAUACGUUAUCAACGACGGCGCGUCCUCCAUCUCAGGCUCUCGGCUAGCUCCAGUGGCGCCUUCCGCGAUGCCACCUCCCCAGAUAUUCUCAGCGUUCGCGAACCGUGGAGAACAUCGGGUAAUGGGACAACCUUCGGCUAUCAGCCCGAUGCAGACAGGUCUCCGAACAGGACCCCGCCCAGCCUAUCCAAAAUCAAAUAUUUCAUUGAGUACAGCCACGACUCUUGUCCCUGGAAAGCAGGAAUUCAGAUCCUACCCGGUACAAUCUAGUAUUCGGGAUUUGAAAGGCGCCUUGCACCAAAGAGAAAGCAUCCCUGAGGCUGAAAGGCAACAUGGGGAUUUCGUAACGGCGCAGCCUUCCCACAUUGCGAUGCCUCGUCAGGAAGUGACUCACGACCUUCCUCGCAAUAGGCAGAAAACUCCGGUCCGGCCAAUGUAUCAAGGGGAAUCUAAUCAUCCUGACACGUUGCGUACAACUAGAAGCAAUACGUCGAUAUCUCAGCAUUGCCAGGAGAACAGACACUUACAGGAAGCUGGCCAAGCCAAGCCGGAGCCUCCGACAAAGACCAACGGAAAGGCUAGGGGUAAAAGAGGCGCACCCAGCAACGCGAAGAAGGCACCGGCAUCUAAAAAGCCACGAGCAGCCGCUGUUUCCACGAGGAAGGGGAAGCCGGCUGCAAAGAAGUCACCGGUACCGACAGUUGAAGAAUUACUUCAACAGCCAGGAUACAGCCUGCUUCCAUAUGAGUCCGCUACUACCUCUCGAAGUAUGCCUUGUGCGCGAGAGGCCGUCCCUCCGCAUGAAGGCAGCCGAACGAACAGACGGAGUACAGAGAUACCAGAAUCAGAGCACGGAGCCCAUAAUUGCGAAGGCGCGAGUCCCGAGCUGGGCGAAGUCGUGAGCAGCCGCGUAACCCGAUCUGCUUCGCGGUCGCUUGCAUGCGUCCGACCGAGUGUCAUAACCAAGCAAGCGCGGGCGACAGAUAUUGCCGCCUCCAAAGGUGCACUGCCACCAUGCACGCCCGCGGAUCAGAUCAUUGGCGACCCUGCGACACCUGCAUCACCUAUCAUGCAAGCACAUGCCACUCCCCUCGAAACGAGGGAGCCACGUCGAGGACGAAACAUCAGCCAAGACCUGCCGCCAGUCACUGUACCUGCUGCGUUGAGCGACCCGUUACUGCCCGUGGCAGAGCAAUGCAUGGUCCACGACCAGAAUUUCGACCUUUUAAAUGCUGACUCUCGGCUCGAAGCGUGGCACAAACUUCCACCUCCGACCCGACUAGCCGCGUUGCGGAGUUACUUUUGUGAAUUAAUACUGAAGGAAGAGUUUGUGGAUCUGGUCAAGAAUAUAAGUUCGCUGUGGGAAGGGGCAAUUCUGGAAGGUCGUGUGACAAGGGAUCUCGUGCCACCAGCGAAGGAGAAUGCAACGGACGACGAAGCAGAACAACUAUUCAACCACGGCUAA